UGCUCAGGCGCUUUAUUUUCGUCGUGGCCUUGGUAGCACCGCCCGGUUGUCCUUUCUUGAUUUAGUUUGGAGAGGAGUUUCCGUGAUUUAUUUAAAGAGAAACCAAAAAGGAGAGCGAGCGAGUUAAGCGAGAGGACAGGAGGGGCGGUGUCAACUAAAAGUACAGUAAACAGGAGAAACACCCCGUGUGGGCUGGGCGUAUGCUUCUGACUCCUCCUCCGCCCUCUCUCCUGGUUGCCUGUGGCGCCUGACGGCAGCGUGGAGCAACAGUCGCGAGCGACCCAUAUGGGCCGGCUUGGGGGUCGCUCAGGCAAUUCAAGCAGCUCCCCGGGCAUGAGUCUGAGUAGACGACGGUCGGUCUGACGGAGCGCAGGCUGGCCAUGCUCGCCACGCGGCGGCGGCGGCGGCGGCUGGAGCCCUCAGGCGAGUUCUUCCCCGCGAGGCAGCAGCAGCAGCAGCAGCAGCAGGCUGCCACACCGGAUUCUCCUGCUCCACGUUCCUGCCGCUCGCAGUCUUCGCGGCGCUCCCCGACAGUCGUUUGGCACGAGCAGCAGCUCUUUCUCUAUGGAGCCCAGAGGCGGCCACGACGGCAAUAGCGGCGGGGGCAGCCCAGACCUGGGCCGAGGUAAACGGCUGAGCGUAGGGGAGCUGCGCUCGCUUUUCGAGGCUCGCUGCGCGGCGACCAGCAGGCAGCUGCCCGAGCCGGCUAAAAAGAGUUCCUGGCCCCGCAACGGAGUGCUACAGCCGGUUAUCCCGCAACUGACCGUCACUGCUGAGGAGGACGGCGAAGAGGCGCAGCGCAGCCCGGCCGUGCGCCCACAAACUGAACCGGACGGUCCCUGGCUGACGACGGAAAGUUCGCUGCACCUGCUCCAGUCCUCGCGGCGCCUCUCCACGUCGUCCCUCUCCUCCACAGGCUCGUCGUCGCUCUUCGAGGACUCCGAGGAUGAUCUGCUCAGCGACACGGAAAGCAGGAGCCAAGGCAUCGUCCACCUGGAGCAUGGCGAAGAAACGCAUCAGAAAAAAGCAUGGCAGACAAUAAAAACAAUUGUCAAUUUGCCAGUCAUCAGUCCCUUCAAGAAGCGGUACUCCUGGGUGCAGCUGGCUGGUCAUACAGGGAGUUUCAAGGCAGCUGACGGUGGGACGAUUCUGAAGCGCUACUCUGAGAAUGAGGAGAAAUGCUUUGAGCUGCUGAUGAAAGACCCACUGCACUCCUGUGUCCCUGUCUUCCAUGGUGUGGUGGAGAGAGAUGGCGAGUCCUAUAUGCAACUCGAUGACCUUCUAGCUGACUUUGAAGGGCCUUGUGUGAUGGACUGUAAGAUGGGAAUCAGAACAUAUUUGGAAGAGGAAUUGACUAAAGCACGAGAGAAGCCAAAGCUGCGUAAAGACAUGUAUAAGAAAAUGAUUGAUGUGGACCCUCUGGCACCCACUGCUGAUGAGAACUCACAGCAUGCAGUGACCAAACCACGGUAUAUGCAGUGGAGGGAGACCAUCAGCUCCAGUGCUAACUUAGGUUUCAGGAUCGAAGGCAUUAAGAAGGCGGAUGGGACUUGUAACACCAACUUUAAGACAACCAAGACAUGGGAGCAAGUUUUUCAGGUUUUUGUGGAAUUUAUUAAAGGGGAUACAACUAUAUUGAAAAAAUAUCUGAGGCGUCUGUAUGAAAUUCGUGAUAUCCUCGAGUCUUCUGAAUUCUUUAAACGACAUGAGGUAAUAGGGAGUUCACUGCUGUUUGUGCAUGAUGAUAGGGGGCAUGCCAAUGUAUGGCUCAUUGAUUUUGGAAAGACUACUCUUCUUCCAGAUGAGCAGACCUUGGAUCAUAGGAUCUCUUGGCAGGAAGGAAACCGGGAGGAUGGCUACUUACUUGGGCUGGACAAUUUGAUCAACAUCUUAGAAAAUAUCAUGGAGAGAUGAGAGCAACUGGCCCAGAGUCACUAUAGGACUGCUCAGUUACUUAUAACUUUUCCAGAAUCAAUCUCUCAGUCAAAGGAAAGACUUGUAAAAGUCUUGCCAGACUCUGGGAACAUCAGCCUGCUGCAAAAACAAGAUGGAAACUCGAAACCAGCCCAUGGUGAUCCCUUGGGAGCUUGAGGAAUCUAGAGUUAGCCAUAAAUGCACGAGGCUAACUUCAGAUAUAUGGAACUAACGCAGAAUAAUUCCUGAACAUUGGACAUUGGAUUGGGUCAACUACUUACUGUUGAGCCAAGUAAUUCUGUAUUGCCCUUUAGUGUGACCCAGAGUAAAAGUUGCUUGGAGUCCAUGGAAUGGAAAAGAUCAGAAUUCUCAAAAAUAUAUUCAAAAGUAAUAAAGAUGCUUCCUAACCCUAGUUCUCACACUGUUAAAUAGGAAUGUUCACAUUCCAUUCAUUCACUUGUGUGCCAUGCAGCUUGGAACUUGGUGCAAAGAUUCUCAGCUUUACAUAUAUAUUUUCAUUCAUUCUUCUAGUUCUGAUGGUGGUGUAAAUAAGUUUAAAGAUGUGCACAAAGUGGUAUUGAAACUUCAGAAACCAAAGGGCACAUUGGGCCUCUAGCAGCCAGUGCAAGAAUUUUUGUGCCCUGUACAGCUCCCUGCCCUCUCCAUACCUCUCUGUGCAUCCUAGUCUCUUGUCUUCUGCCAUUCCAUUUGUCUCCUUCUUCCUUCCAGAAAUUAGUCUUUCUGUACCACUCCCUGCCAAAACGUGCAAAUUGCCAGUAAGCCCCCGCACACAAAUGUAGCCUGUAAUCUGGCCCAUAAUAAUGUAUCGAUAAGUCCUACUGAUUUUUAAACUGACCACCCAAAAUAAUCAUGGGCAGGACUGCAGUCUAAUGCAUCCUUUGAUUUGAGUGUCCAUGUCCAUCCUCACUGCUAUGGAGCAAUUUGGAUCAGCACUGCCUAAUGGAGGAGCUGUCAUUUGAUAGGGAAGUAAAGAUUAACAUUAGAAGAUUCCAGUUUGCAACAGGCUUUGUAUUACUGCCUCUUUAUGGUUGCUGGCCUAUCCUUCUCUUCAUCUGAGACUGUGCUUCAGGCUUUUAAGUUUGUAUCCAAGAGGCUCUUCACAUUCCAGGAGCGAGCACCAGUGUGCUUUGAGGGUGGCUUAAACACAGUUUUAACAAGGUUGAUGUUGGCCCAGAAGUGACCUCUUGCCAGUAGGCAUGCAUUUGAUAUCUGUGGGACCACAUCUUAGUGACUUGGCUUAUUUACUGUAUUGGCUUAUUUAGUAAACAAAAUAAGUACUAACUAAUGUAGUUAACUCAAAAUAAUGUAAAUGUACUGCCUUCAAGUCGAUUCCGACUUAUGGCGACCCUGUGAAUAGGGUUUUCAUGAGGCUGAGAGGCAAUGACUGGCCCAAGGUCACCCAGUGAGCUUCAUGGCUGUGUGGGGAUUCGAACCCUGGUCUCCCAGGUCGUAGCCCAACACCUUAACCACUACACCACACUGUAAAAUGCUUUACUGUAUAUCCAGGGAUCAGAACCCCAGUCUUGUUGCUUGGUGCUGAAACAUCUUGUCUCUGAUUGCUUCCUGAUCAGCAGAUUUCUGCAAGAAUUAAAAAAGAAUAAUUAUCCCCAUAUAGAGAGAUGUGUUGGGAACUUGAAGCGCUAGGUGCUAAGCAUUUCAUUUGGGCAAAGUAUUAAAGUAUAUCCACUCGGUAUAUUAGAUGAAUGUGAUAUCUCUGCUAGUUAUUUUAACAGUCUGCUGUGAAGGUUUAUGUGACAGGGACAUACUGUACUAAAUACUUCCUUCUCUUGAGAGAUAUGGGAGGCUUGAAAUCACAUUGCCCCAAAAUCAUCAAGGACCAAUCUUGCAGAAUAUGUCUUCAGUGUUCAGCAUUCCAGCUAUACAGUUCCAAUGAUCAUGUGAUACUUAAUGAUACACUUGCACAAUUUUUGACUAUGAUCCAGAGCUCCAUAAGGGCACACAUGGAGUUCUUAGAGCUGCACACAUUCCAUAAGGAGCAGGAAGGAAACCAACCUACUGCCAUCAUGUGAUAACUGGGCGACCAUGGCCCUAUCAUGCAGUCUACCUUAGGCUAAAGCAUGCAAAAUUCACCAAUCACAUGCUCCAGCUCUCCAGGUACUAGGGACCCCUAGUCUGGUAGCAUUGUUACCACUUAGCUGUACAUGAAAUUCUAGUGGUCAGAGCAGCUAGUAUGUAUCUUUCAGCUUUUCAAAUGAUUACCCAUGAAGUUAAUUUUUUGCCCACCCAUUCUUAGUAUACCAAUUGAUGAGCAGUGGUAACAAAAUUGCCUUUGCUACCUGCUUGGUAUCAGUUUUAGCAGACUUUGCUACAAGGCUAAUUGUAGUGGGAGUAGCAGCAGCACUUCCAUCUCUAUAGCCUCCUCUGCACUGGCUGCAGAUUUGAGUGGGAAGGUGAAACCUUAGGAGGCUGUAACAGAAACAGGCUCUUCAGCCAUCAAGCUUCAUGCUUGCCCUGAGAAAAGCUUAUUAAAGUGUAAAUUUUUGCCCAAUAGUUUUUUUAAAAUAAUCAUUAACAUUCAUUAUGGAAUUCAAAACCAGCCUGAGCACAUUAUAAUGAUACUCUAAAACAAGAUACUUUGGAUUAAGCCUGUAAUAAAUUAUCCACAGGCCUAAUAUAGGAUUAGUUGGAAAGUCCAUCUAGCAGAGCUGAUAAAGGAUUUAGUUGGGAUGUACAGUACAGUUUUGAAAUACAAUUAGAAACAAAACUGAAAAUUCCCCAAAUAACACCAGUUCUGUUUAAUAUUUUAUCUUAAAAGUCCUUUUGCCUUUUUGAUGGAGAACUACUUGUUUAUAAACUGCUGCUGCUUGUGUGUGUUGGGAAGGAGGUUGUGGAAAUGGUCAGCUUCAUACUGGCAUGGGGAGCAACAGUGGUUUUUAAAUGGCUUUUUUGAGCUGCUUAAUGGGCUUGCUUUUAGAAUAGAAAGGGGUUUCUGCAUAGCUCAAGAGGUUUGAAGGGAGUAAUUUUGGAGGGGAGGUGGGAGGGGUCUUGUUCAUUUUUAUCCGCCCUUUUGUAAAAACUCAGGGUGAGUUACAAUAUGAAAAUGAAAUGUAUCCAAUAUUUAAAAUACUGAAAGUAGAGCAAAACAAGGUGCAGAAGUCCCAACAGGUUAUCUUUGACCCCCUACCUCACAAACAUUUCUGCUGGCCUCUCAUGCAGAUUUUGAGUCGUCUGGAUUUAAGUGCACAUGGGCACUAUUUCCCCAAUAUUUUAAACAUAUAUAGGCCAAUAUUCAGUAUCACCCUAGUGGACAUGACGUGACUACAGGUGGAGGAGAGGAAGGGAAGUCCCAUUGUACAAGUGGACUGACACUGUUGAAUAUUAUCCUUUUUUUCUGGGUCUGGUAGCCUCUCUCCAUCCAUCUUUGCCAAUUCUGGGGCUCGUUGAGCUCAGUGCUUCCUCUCACUACCCAUUCUCACCCUCAUACUAGCCACCCAGCCCAUAUUAGCCAGCCAGCAAGGUGCUGUUACCCAGACACACAUACACAGAAAAACUGUUUCACGUUUCUUUGCCUGUGCACUCCCAUUGCUUGCUGCCUAGCUCUUAACUAGUCCUCUGUGGUAGUAUCAGACUCCCCAUACUUAGCCCUAGCUGUUCUCAGCAGCAGGAAUACUGGAAAGGAAAUAUCUUUCCAUCUCUUAGUGCAGCAGAUGUUUCUUUCAACCUACUGCAGUUUGGAGCCACUCUUGAAAAAAAGAUCUUGAUCAAGAGAGCUUAUAAACUACUGUUGGGGUUUUUUGGGGGGAGGGGAGAUGCUAUAGAAUAGCACUUUACACUGGAGAAUAAGAACAUUUCCCCCAGGUCUGCUGAUCUAUUUUCCCCCACCUCUUUAAAAUGUAAACUGGAACAUGCUUACCUCACAGGGUUGUUGUGAGGAUCCAUUUGUUAUUUUACUGCAUUUAUUUGAUUUGUGGAAGAAAAGUGGGAACUAUAACGAAUUUGAAUAGCUAUGAAAUAGAGAGUUUCAUAAUCCUCUGGAGGAUAUACGUUUGUGGAAAUUUCAGUAAGAAAGACCAGGUGUCCCUUUUCUAUUCUACAAGAGGGAUUAAUAUUGGGAAACGGAUAAUUAGUAACAGGUGGUUUUUUUAAAAAAAAAAAAACAGUUCCUGGGUUUUCUGUGAAGGAGAUAAAUCCAGAUUAAAUGGGAGGAAAAUACAAGUUGGCAUUUUUAUGCUCCUUGUGGGAAGAAGGCCGGGAUAUAAAUUUAAUAAAUAAAUGUGGACACUGGAAAAAUGCAUGCAUGAGGAGCAUCAAUCCCACAAUAAACAUGCUUAGAAUAAUUCACUAGAGGCUUGAUUUUCUCCUUCUGUUGAAUUCUGUGAAUAGACUAAUGUGAUGGGGAAUCUUGUUUUUAAAUACUUUGGCUACAGUUCUACUUCUGUUACUACAAACCAGACAAAAAAGCUUGUCUUGUCUACAGAGGAAGUUGCUUUGAACACUACAGUGCAAACAAUAUUCUGAUUCUGACAUCUUAACUGUAUAGACUGAUUUUAGUGCUUCCAAGAUGUGCUAAUAAAUUUAACUGGAAA